UUUGGGCUCCGCACCCUCUUCUGUGAGGCAGACGUGAUGCGGUGGCAGCUGUAAGAGGUGCCUCCAGCUGGUAGUGCUUUGGCAGUGCUUUCUCACACUUGUCUGAUGGUCCUCUGGGCUAUCUUCUGGGACUGUGUAACUUCGUGUGAGCAAAGCCACCCUCAGGGACCCAUGUGCAUCAUCUUCUUUAAGUUUGAUCCUCGCCCUGUUUCCAAAAAUGCGUACAGGCUCAUCCUGGCCUCCAACAGGGAUGAGUUCUACCACAGACCAUCCAAGAUGGCGGACUUCUGGGGCAACAACAACGAGAUCCUCAGCGGGCUCGACAUGGUGGAAGGCAAGGAAGGAGGCACGUGGCUGGGCAUCAGCACUCGCGGGAAGCUGGCAGCACUCACCAACUACCUGCAGCCGCGGCAGGACCCAGAUGCCAGGGGCCGAGGUGAGCUGGUGACCCACUUCCUGACCACAGACAUGGACAGCUUUUCCUACUUGAAGAAGGUCUCCACAGAGGGUCACCUGUACAACGGCUUCAACCUCUUAGCCGCUGACCUGAGCACCGAGAAGGGAGAUGUCUUCUGCUACUACGGAAACCAGGGGGACCCCGAACCCAUCGUCCUGGCGCCAGGGACCUACGGGCUGAGCAACGCGCUACUGGACACGCCUUGGAGGAAGCUGUGCUUCGGGAAGCGGCUCUUCCUGGAGGCUGUGGAGCGGAGCCAGGCACUCCCUAAGGAUGCCCUCGUGGCCCAGCUUCUGGACGUGCUCAACAACGAGGAGGCGCAGUUGCCAGACCCGGCCAUCGAGGACCAGGGCAGGGAGUAUGUGCAGCCCAUUCUGAGCAAGUACGCGGCCGUGUGCGUGCGCUGCCCAGGCUACGGCACCAGAACCAACACGGUCAUCCUCGUGGACGCGGAUGGGCACGUGACCUUCACAGAGCGCAGCAUGCUAGACAAAGACCCUUCCCGCUGGGAGACCAGGACCCACGAGUUUAGGCUGCAGAGCUAAGACCGACCCCUGAGUGCAGCCAGUGGGCUCCUGUAAGGCCCUGCCUUGAGGACCGGAUGGGAACCUUCCACAACACAUGCACUGCCUGUGUGUGACUGUGUGGCCAGCAUCCCUCAGGACCAGGGCCCUCUGAUUUGUGUGUGAUCUGUCUGUGUCCCCGUAUCCAGCUCGAAAUCCAUCCUUACACCAGAGGGAGUGGCAAGAGUCCCACAGCCAGGUCAGGGGCAGAUCCAGGUGUGCCGUGCAUGCGUGAAUGCACCUGGCCCUGCCCCCUCCCCACGCAUAGAGACACCCACACAAGGCACAUGCUUACAUACAUGCCUACAGGUGUACAGGCACACGUGUACACCCAUGGGGCAUACACACACACACACACACAGGCACACACAAUCACAGGCACAGGCAAUAGAUGUGUGCACACAUACUGGAACACACACACACACACACACACACACACACUCACACACACACCACGCUCCCAGGCAUACACACACACACACGUACCUGUGCCAGACGACAGGCAGAGGUGUGCCUCUCUCACCCACACUCACUUCUGGCCAGUGGGUCUUGGGCUUUGAUC